AUGUUUCCCAAAAUUGUAACGAGGAACUUGAAAUCGAGAAUUAUUAAGGUUCUUCAUCCAACACGUUUGAGGUUUCCCACACGUUUCAUCCCUUACGUUUGAGGUAUGAUCCUCUCUUUGUAUUUCCGCGAUUUUUGUCAGGCGAAUUACUGAAAACGUUCAUGAUAUUUUUAAUUACUUUUCUCACAUCCAAAUUUAACAACUGGCUAGGGUUAAAUUCCUUAAUCGGAAAGAGAUAAAUGAGAUGAGAUGAGGCACAAUCAUCGCAUAUGUUUUUUGUUGUUUUUGUUGUUGUUUUUUUUUUUUCAUCAUCGUGGUACCAUCGUAUUUGUCGUGUGCUGGUUUUUUGGAAAAGUUUCUUCUCGUCAGUGUGAACGCGAACACUCCAUAUAUGGAAUGAUGCUCAAGGGACAUGUCUUCAAAAAUGUGACGACUUUAUCUUUAUUUUUUAUCUUUAGGCUUGGCUUGCAAUACCGACGUCAGCUGUCGACGCAUCAAUUACGUUAUUUCGCGCAACAUGUAUGAGUUGAAUGAUCGGACAAAAGAGGCGAGAUCUGAAACUUUCGCUCCAGACACUGACAGAUUCUAUUUCAGAAGAGACAAGAAUAGAAUAGAAGUAUAAGAUACAACAAUAAAACAUAUGAGCAGAUAAAAGUAAUAAAAUGUAUUUGGACGUCAAUGUACCGGAAACGCAUAAAAGACACAAAGGCUUUGGCAGGAUUGCACCCUUUAUUGUACUAUUUUUCUUUAUGGACAAGAAGGAGUGGUUUGGGUGCCUUUUUAAAUGGGAAUACUUUAUUAAAUUUGAUGAUGGUUGCAUGGAGCAGUUUUCCAUCUCCUUUUAAGGUCCUAAGUUUUCAAUAUCCAUAGUUUCGAAAUCAAAAACACUCCAUCUCUUGCGUCCUUCACGAAAAUAAAUUAAAAAACAACUUGAUUAACUAUUAUUAACUAGUUCCUUUUUUUUUCCUGCUUUUCACCCUUGAUCCAAAUCUGGCUUUACACCUACGACUGGGAAUCAUUCUCACUGAUUUGUAGAUGUUGGAUCUCUUCGGAGAAUUGAAUGAUGUCGGAUAUCGUGUACUCAUUGCGCGAUAAUGGUUUUAACCUCUCGUCUAGCCACUUUGCCACAGCGUAGUUGUACUUAUUUAUUGCAGACAAGAUGGGCCAUAGUGAAGUGGCUAGACAAGAAGUUAAAACCAUUAUCGACCAUGACGUAUGACGUCACAGCCCUUUUUACUCACGUACCUCUAAGAAGAAACUACUCAGAUUUGAGCAGAGAAAGCAUUUGAUGGAAACUGGUUUAACAACACACACAAACUUAACAUCUGUGAAGGCGACCUAGUCGAGAUGCUUACAAUCGCAACUAAAGACAAACUCUUCCAGUUUAACGGUGAUUUGUACAAGCAAAUAGACGGCGUUGCCAUGUGCUCACCAUUAGGAUCACUAUUGGCUAACACCUUUAUGUGCUUCAUUGAGGAGAAACUUGCACAUGAAGACAAGCUUCCCGAUUUCUACAAAGGAUACAUCGACGAUAUCCUCGCUUUAGUACCCGACCUCGCCGCUGCUACCGAUUUCCUUUCAGUUCUGAAUGAUGCACACUCAGCAAUCCAAUUUACAAUGAAAACAGAGAAAAGACCAACGAAGGGCUUCUACUCCAUUAUCAGAGCCAUAUUGACAAUAGAUAAUAUAAAGAUUUAGCCAAGCCUAAAAGCAGAGCUCGCAUUUUUUUUUUCCCACACAACUUGUCCCGGCAAGGACAAGAACCCGGGUCGUCCGACUCGGAGCCCAGUGCACUGACCACUGGACUACUGAACAAAGCCGUGGCGUUGGCGUGCCCGCGGUACAGUUGACCACGCAUGUCAAAAGUAGCACCUUGUACGGUCGUACGGUCGUACAACCAAAUUUUUUCGGCUUGAUGGGUUACUACUUUUUUUUUAUAGUUAUGGGGCUACGCUCUGCGAACUCCGCUAUAAACGAUACCUGAUAAAAACUAUGCUUGAUCGCGCCAACCGUUUGUCAUCCUCACCGGAUCUUUUUUGAAAAGAAUUUCAGGAUCUGAGAACGAUAUUUCUGAAACUGAAAUAGCCUGAAAAACUCAUUGAUUCUAUUUUCCAGAGUUUCCACGUUUUCAAAACCUAAUUGAGCUAGUCGACAGCCCUAUACGAGUCACGUUGCCUUUCAAAGACCAGAAAUCCGCCGACACCUAAGCGACGUUCGAAAGAAAUCGACAGCGUACAACAACUAGUUUUCACAAGCAGGAAAAUCUCGGAAGAUUUAAAAGUCACGGUAACAAACCCUUCUUGGUAAACUUACAAUGCGUUGAGUAUGAAUUUAAAUGUAGUUUGUGUGGUGCGAAUUAUAUAGGCUACACGAACCGUCACCUCCACCUUGACAUUGAGGAACACAAAUAUUCCGUCAUCGGUAAACAUCUUAAGGACGAAAAAAUCAAAGACCGAAAAAUCUUCACGAGGGAUUUGCCAUCCUAGAGAAAUCCCAUUGAAAGUUUGAGUGCUUUAUUCUCGAGAUGCUUUUAACAAGGAAAAAGAGACCGACUCUGAACACUCAAAAAGACUCCAUUCCAGCGAAACUGUUCAUUUAAUCAUGUGCAUUCUUUUGUGUUACUCCAUCUUAUUUUAUUCUAAUUUAGUUUCACACUUUCCUUUCUUUAUAGAACGUCACCAAACUUAUAAUAAUUUUUACAUUUGAUGAUAAUGACAUCUCGUCGCCGAAACCUCAUGUUUUCAUCUCGCUACUUUUAUGGAACCUUUCAAACUGAAAAGGUGUCUGUAUUCCUAAAGAAGUGUUUGCCAAGGCCGGCAUUCUCGCAAAAUUUGAAGAUUUGCGAAAUAUUUCACUGUCUGACAUCAAGUUCUUUUUUUCCGGUUUAGAGAAACUUGAACAAAUCAACUCCCCUUCCUCUCCCGUUAGAAGUCUUAGCGUACAUUUAAAACAAAUUUCUGGCCUUCAAGGCUAACAUCGAACUCUUCUUUGCAAAGAAAGUAAUUAACGGCAAAGAAUGAAAAAGAAGAAAUGCUUCGAUUGAUUAUAUAAUGCAUAUAUCGUUUUUCUCUAUCAAUUCACUCAAUUUCACCUUUUCAUCAUUUUUACCCUUAAAUUAAACAUAUUUUUUCAUUUUCUUUCCGUGAUUUGAAAAAAUUGUAAGAUCAAUGUCCUCUUCUUCCUUCCAGUUUCUCUCGGUUUCCUUUUUGAACUACCCAGAGAAUCCUGCGAAGAGAUCAAAGCGAAUGAAGGAAGACAAGCGGUCAUCGGAAUGUACUGGCUGAAGUCCGGUAUACCAGAAACUCCUGUUCAUGAAUUUUGCAACAUGGAAUCGAAAGGUGAAGAUUAAUUUUUGUACAGUCCAUAGAGAAAGGAGGCGAAAACUAUCUGGACACAUUUUAAAACAGACUUAGGUAGAAUAACCAAUUAACAUUAACAUGAUAUUCACUUUUCUCUUUCAACCUGUUUUAAUUUAGUUUAUGACCAUGAAGCAGGAGUACCUUAAAAAGUUCAUAUUAAUGAUUAGAUGAUUUAAAUAUUAUAUAGUGAUAAAUGUAAGCACAGUUCGUUUUUUUUUUCUUUCUUUUUUUUUCUCGUUUAGUUUGCAAACCGAUGGGAGUUGAAAGUGAGACCCUAAUUCCCCACGCCCAAAUAACUGCAAGCUCUCAUUACAUGUAUUAUUAUGCACACAAUGGACGUCUCAAUGGAAAUACGGGUUGGUGUCAAAAGACCUCUAAAAUCACCGAUGACUUCAUACAAGUGGAUAUGGGAGUACUGCGCUGGGUGUGUGCGGUAGCCACCCGGGGGAAGAAAAACGGAGCACUUAAGAAGAGCUACAAGAUUAUCUUUUCGGCAAAUGGACUUGAGUGGAUGACACAUCAAGAAUAACAAGUUGACAAGGUGUUUAUAAGUGAACACUGGAUUAAAGUCACCUGAAAAAAUUACAGAUGCCUUUGUUCCUUUUCGCUCACUCAACGUUCGUGCCAAAUUUGAACACGAGAAAAUCAAAUUUGCGCUGUUUCAUACAACUUUCCUAGGGAAGCAAAGAUUAUUUCGAAUAAAAGAAGCUUGCAAUUGUUACGACUUCGGUCCACUGCCCUUAGUGCCACUAACACUGGAGCUUACGGCCGCCUGCAGUUGCUUGCGGCUGACGCUGCAGCAGUCUAUUUGCAUUUAGCUGUUCAGAUCUUAUGCUGCCCAGGAGAGCCCUAUCUUACUUUGGUUUUUUUUUUCCAAAUAGUUCUAGAGGAGAUUUUUUUUCCAUCUUCUUUUUCAUGGUGCCAAAAUAUCACUGAUUAUUGAUAUUUGUUUGCAGGUAUUCGAAGCCAGCAAGGAUUUGACAACGGUGGUGAAGAACAUUCUGAAAAACCCGGUACAAGCAAGAUACGUUCGUUUUCAGCCAUUAACUUUCUAUAGCUAUCCUUGUGUAAGGAUUGAAAUAUUUGCUUAUUACUAA